CAACCUUGAAGUAAGCGCUAGUAUCCCGAGGUCAAAAACGACUCUCAUCUAAGCCCGCCAGCGUGCUGCGUUCUAGGUUAACUUUAAUUUCGUGAGUAGAUCCGGGUUCACAAGGUCUUUAAAGGAGCGCCCAUUGAGCAAGAUAUUGCGCCGAAUUGCGACUCGAGCGACUGAGCAAUAUUCAAAAGAAGUUGACACGGUUGUGUGACCAGUGAGUGCGCUUAGUGCUUACUGCUCUCCAAGUCACGUACUUCGAAUGCAAUUGGUAAGCCUGCCUCUACGGUCUUGCCAAUCGCGCCCACAGCUGGCUUCCCGUGCAUUUACCACACUGGUCCGUUCCCCGAAUUCGACUUCCAGCCAUCGCUCUUCUUCAAGUGCUGCGACCACCAUCCAAGGCACCGCUCUCCGUAGACUUUCCCAGAUUCGAAGGUCAUUCAGCGUGAAUACUGCACAAAUGGCUCCUGUAACGAAACCCGGUCAAGAAAAGUACGAUAUCGUGUUCAUCGGUGGAGGAAGUGGAGGUGUUGCUGGAUCGCGUAGGGCUGCUUCGUAUGGCAAGAAGGUCGCUCUCGUUGAGGCCACUGGUCGCCUUGGGGGAACUUGCGUUAACGUCGGUUGCGUCCCCAAGAAGAUAAUGUGGAACGCCGCAGACAUCGCCGAGAAGAUCCGUCAUGCCUCCUCAUAUGAAUUCACCAAUGUCCCAUACGAACCCAAGUUCAACUGGGCAGCAUUCAAGCCUAGACGAGAUGCAUAUAUCCAGCGUUUGAACGAAAUCUAUGAACGGAACCUCGAGAAGGAUGGAGUUGAAGAACAUCAUGGUUUUGCUAGAGUCGUUUCUCCCAAUCAAGUCGAAGUCACGCGUGCAGAUGGCGGCGAGAAAUACGUCUUGAACACAGAGUACAUUUGUAUUGCGACCGGUGGCCGACCAACUAUCCCGAGCGAAAAGGACAUCCCUGGUGCCGGUCAAGGCAUUGACUCGGAUGGGUUCUUUGAUCUGGAGGACCAGCCUAAGAGAGUUGCGGUUGUUGGUGCAGGUUACAUUGCAGUCGAAUUUGCAGGCAUGCUUCGUGCGCUGGGGAGUGAUGUCCAUGUGUUCAUCCGUGGUGAACGGGUGUUGAGGACCUUCGACCCUGUGAUCCAAGACACGCUCACGGACUGGAUGGAACACACCGGAAUCAACAUUCACAAGAGCUCGCACGUCGUCAAGGUGGAAGGAGUGAAAGGCCAGACACCGCUCACAAUUCAUACCGACAAAGGCGAGACGGCGGAAGUAGAUGAGGUGAUUUGGACUAUUGGACGACAUGCCAACACCGAGGGUCUUGGAUUAGAGGAGCUCGGAGUCAACUUGCACAAGAACGGCGAUGUUAUAACCGACGAAUACCAAAAUUCCAACGUACCUAGCAUUUUGUCGAUCGGAGACGUCAGUGGAAGAGCCCACCUGACCCCUGUGGCUAUCGCUGCGGGCAGACGACUGUCGAACCGACUCUUUGGUCCAUCAAAGUUCAAGAACGACAAACUUAGUUACGAAAAUAUUCCUACCGUUGUGUUCUCGCACCCAACUAUUGGUACAGUUGGUCUGACAGAACCCCAAGCUCGGAAGAAGUACGGCGACGACGCUGUGAAGAUCUAUAAAUCUUCCUUCCGAGCGCUCUACUUUGCCAUGAUUGAUGAAGCGCACAAAGAGCCCUCAGUCUACAAGCUCAUCUGUGUAGGCGAAGAUGAACGCGUCGUCGGUGUGCAUAUCAUUGGUCUGGGCAGUGACGAGGUCAUGCAAGGAUUCGCCGUGGCUGUCGUUAUGGGCGCGCGCAAAGAAGACCUCGAUAACACGGUUGCGAUCCACCCUACAUCCGCAGAAGGUGACACGAACAUGAGGUGGACAUCAGGAGCAUUGAGAUUGGUUGCACUGCUGCGCCGUCACGUUGUGCAAAAGCCAUCGGGACCCUGAUUUUGUUGCUGGAAUGCCAUUUCAUCCUUUAGCUGGUGACGCUCCGGUAAAACCGCCGCCUCGUUCACGAGCACGUUAUAAUCUGGCCCGGGGUCGCUGACUCGGUUCGUUGCGAAGAAUUCUGAAGAGAUGGAAGCAUGACGUUCUAGCCGGGAUAGGCAGGAUGUCGAGUGCCGUAAAGCUAGACAAUUGAAGGAGAGGCUUAUAUAUGUAAUGUGAGGACACUAGGAGGGGAUGUGUACACUAGAAGUGUCAGCGAAAAUGAAAGAGGAUAUACAAAUAGAGGAGUCUGGGAGUG